CUGCUUGUUCCCUCUCGGAAUGCAUUACCUGAUGGUUAACCUCAUGAAAUCAAAAACACACAGCCUGAAUCUCUCCCGACAGACGCUGUAUUUUCCUCAAACGUUCAGUAAGAUUAGACUGUGCCCGCUGCGAUAGACGGUUUCAGUUUGAGACUUGUUGCUGAGUUUUCUUGAACAUCAUGUCGUCCGAACUUUUAAUGUGAGCCACACAGAACAAGUCCGCCUGCGGAGCUGCAACACUGAGGAGUGGGGACUCUUGUUUUUCUCCUGCGUGUGAAGGACUAUGAGUAAAGAGACCAGGAUGAGGGCAACGAUUAACCAGAAGCUGACAGAGAUGGGGGAACGAGAGAGACUGAAGGAGUUAUUGAAGGCUAAACUGACUGAGUGCGGCUGGAAGGAUCAGAUGAAAGCUCACUGCAAAGAGGUGAUCAAAGAAAAGGGCUUGGAGCACGUCACUGUGGAGGACCUGGUGGUGGAGAUCACUCCCAAAGGAAGAGCCUUGGUCCCAGACAGCGUCAAGAAAGAGCUUCUCCACAGAAUCCGAGCCUUCUUAGCUCAGCAUGCUACAUAAUCCACUCCUUUUGACCAUGUUAACGUUCAGUUACACCACCUGCCUACAGGACCGACUUGUAGGACAUUUCUAAGUAGUUAAUUUACCUGAAAUUUAGAGAUGUUGUGUUCCUUAUCAUAAAUACUCAGUGACAUGCAGACAUACAUGUGCCUAUUUGGUUGCAUUUUUACUUACUUAGUUACUAAUUCAGCCGUAAUUUGCAAAUGGAUUCAUGUUGCACAUUUAGUUGUCCUUUGUAUGAGAUAUGCUGUUUAAAUAAAGGUUUUGUUUUAUCAGA